UUCACAUUUCAGCCCGAGUUCCGCAUCUUGCGCCUUGCGGCGCUCUAUAAUCUUUGCUUCAUGCUACUGAGUUGUAUUGCAUUAACAACAUACAGAGCAGCAGGGACCAAUAGUCGUUGUCACUUGUGAGACAAUCUACUUCAUUCCUUGACGAGUAUUACAUGUUUAAAAAAAGAUCAUCGUAUGGUGUCCAUUUAACACUUGCUGUGUCUUGUAGUUGGCUUCGUUUGUUGCUAGAGUCAUUUAAUUAUAUCAAAGAUACAGUGUAUUGGGCUGUGCAUUCACGCAGCAACCGUACACGAAGACAACCAUUUGAAUGCUUACCGAUCCAAAGGGAAAGGGAGAAACUGCAGAAUUUGAUGAAAGUAAGUAUACAAACGCAAAGCAUGCAUUUCAAAGCCAACGUGUUAAUGUUUGUGACGUACUCCUUAGCGGUUGUGUACAUCUUUAUUGCAUUUUCGACAACACGAAAGAAAACCACGUGUGUUGAUACCCCCUCUUUGAAGUCAGAUGCGUACAAAGUUGACACAAACCUACGAAUUGAAGCUACGUAUAACCAGUUUCAACCGACAAAAACCUCGACCCGGCUAUCUCCCGGGGAUGGGGAUGGGGAUGGGGGUGGUUCCCCGGAGCCGUACCAGUGCACCGCAUCGGAUCUUCAGAGGAGAUCCGGCACCAUCCUUCUGACCACCACCAAUUCUGCUUAUUUGGACUUCACAGAAAAUUGGCUUGAGAGCAUCAGGCGCACGAGAGCCUGCCCUAAUAUAUCGGUGGUUACUGAAGAUGACCAAGCGUUUAAUUAUCUCUCCAAUAAGACAAUGGCCGGACUGAAUGUCUUGAUGACUCAGACUGCUAAGUCAACAACUGGAAAGCUCGUCUUCAAUACCAAAGAGUACAAGAAGUUCGUCAAUAAGAGACAGGGGUAUAUCUUAGAUCUACUGGAACAGGGCUGGGAGGUUCUGUUCAGCGAUGUGGACACUUUCUGGCUACGGGAUCCGUUUCUAUUUUUCCAGGGGAACUUUGACAUGGCACUUGAGGAAGAUAACCAUGAACCAGCCUCAUACUGUGCCGGGUUUGUCUACUUUCGACCAACCGAACGAACCAUGCAGUUUGUCAAGGAGUGGAUCCGGUUUAUGGCCAACGACAAGACCAUGAAGCCGGAUCAAGUGGUUAUGAAUAUCAUGAUCCGGCGAAAAGUGAUAGCCGGAUUGAAGCUCCGGGUUCUUGACUCCAAUAAAUUUCCGAAUGGGAAAUUAUUUUUCGAUGACGAAUGGAGGAAGGACAAAAAGGACUUUGUUGUCGUGCAUAACAACUGGAUUGUCGGACACGAUCCGAAAGUUGAACGGUUCCGAAACUGCAGUAUGUGGCUCGUUGAUCACAAAGAAUUCAAGUCUAUGUGAUCCGGUGUGGCAGGAGGUUCUGUUCCCCAAAUAUUUUGCUCCCACGGCGAACUGUGUACUUUACUUCUCAUAGCGCCCUCUUUUGAAACACCCUCCUUCACAGGCCACAUUAUUUUCCCAUUUUGGGGGACAUAAUCUCCGGUGGACCGAUUUCCCUGGGACACCCGGAACUCGUUUUUUUUGUUAGAACUCAUCCACAAAGUGCUUUCACUAUGAUAUAUAAAUUGUUAACACUUCAUCAAUUCAUAUCAACUCAUCAGGGUAGAAUUAUUACACAUUAUUAUUAUACACAUAAUUUCGGGCUACGACGAAACAAAAUUCUUUCCAAGCUGAGAUGGUUUGAGAACUGAAUUAACGCACGAUGACCAGGGGGGAAUAAUGUUGGAAGUGCUUUGAGAUGCCCUAUGGGUGUGAAAAGCACUCCAUAAAAACUGGUUAUUACUAUUAUGGGUUGAUGCAGGUUUGAUUUUGAUAUUCAGCUGCAGCUACAACACAAUAAAUCAAAUACUUGUGGAUUUCAAUUUGUUACUAUGAUGUCUAAAAAUGCCCUACAGUAAUUGAUCAUGCAUGCACAUUCACAAACCAAAUCAAAUCAGGAUACAAACACGGUUGUAUUCGUUUUAAAUUAUUUAUUCAUAUUAUCCAAAUUUAUUUAUUAUAAAUUAUUUAUAUGUAAAAUAUAAUUUGUUAAAAUUAUACAUAUUUAGACUUUAAGAUUAAAGGUGGAAUAAAUUAUCUUUGUUAAAAAAUAUGUGCAAGUAAUACACUAAUAAAUUUGUUUUUAAAGAUGCAUUGUCAUAGUUUGGUCAAAAUUUAAGGUCACAAAUUAAAGGGGCUAUCUCAUCUGUCCUGCGGCUGUGCAUGGAAAUAUUAACUGAUGAACCCACCACAUGAUAAUUUACAUCCCAGGCAUGGACAUGCCCUUCCAGGAUGUAGAUGCGAGGGUGCCCAGGGUGUAGGUCACCAAGUGGUGGGUUCAUCAUUAGUUUAUAUAGUGCCAUGCACAACUGCAGGACAGGCGAGAUAGCCCCUCUCAAUGUGGUACAUUGCUAUUUGGUAGGGGUAGGAAAAGUUAUCAACUUUCAUAUAAUACAUUGAUCAUUGAAUGGUUCUUCGCCAUCAAAAUUGAAUACGAAAUUGCUUGUUAACAAGUUAGUUUUAUGCUAACAAUUAGUUUGAGUAAGUACCGAUAGUACCGAUAGUGUCCAGUGCCUUUAACCUCUCUGAGGAACAAAUGUAUUUAAAACAUAUUAUUGUCCUAUAUUUUGCUAAAAAACUGUACAUUUAUUUGAACUGUUUCAAAAAAUGAAAUUAAUAUUUUUGUGCACACA